AGCGGCGGUCUGUUUGGAAACAAGAAGAUAAGGACUCCUCCAUGGAAUAGAAACAAAACCAGACUAAAAUUGACCUUUUGCGUGCUGCGGCGGCUAGCAUAUGGAAAGUGUUUGGUAGUUUGUGUGAUACUCUUGAGAAAGGAGUAAUACUGGUUCAAUUUCACGAUCGCCACUUUGCGAGCCAUUUAGAUCCUUUCUGUGUCUCUCACUCUUUAAUUCGUUUUCAUCUUCUUCGUCUUCUGCUAAUCUCUCAGACUUCCUCUCUGUCUCUCUAUAUAACCCAAUUUCUUCAUUUUGCUGGAGUUGGAUUGUUCUCGAUUGGGUUUUGAAGAAAUUUGGCGUUCGCUUUCACAUUGGUUGGCUAAUAAGAGGUUGUUUCUUCGUUUUUUCAUAUUGGGUUUUUCUGGAUUGUAGCUUAAAAGGUUUGGACAUGGAUGGGGUGUAUGGAUAUUGUCAGAUGUAAAUCAGGAGAUUAAAUGGUGGUUCCAAGUUGGUUUCUAGUUGUGUGUAUUCGUUAGUUAACCUUUUCUUUUUUGUUAAGAAUGAGAAACAACAAUACAAGGAUAUAACCGUCUUUGUUACUUGCAUUCUUUAUGAAUAUCUGUUGGUGGAUAUGGAAAGUGCAGUAAUUUGUGAAAAGCCACAUACUGUGCCUAAUAAGAAGAGAAAGAGAUGCACUGGUGGGCUGAACAAUCUGAAUAAUAAUAUUGAUGUAUGCCAUGAUUAUCCAUGUGGGACAGCUUCUGUGGAUGAUAUUCCUUUAGAAUCUUCUGUCAGUAUAAGUACAGGGUUGGUUUCAUUGAAAGUGGAGGAUACGACAAUGGAGCCUGCAGCUACUACGUGUAAUGAUUUAGUUCGUGUUCCUAAAAAGAAGAGAAAGAAGAAGAAGCCUAAGAGUGGAAGUAACAAUGCCAAUAUUGUAGAUGAAUGUCGUCAAGAUGGGGCCUCGUCUGAGUGUACAGCUGGUAUUAACGGGAAGACUAGUGUAGAAAUGUCUGCACCUGAUGCGGAUUUAAGUUGCUCCAAGAAAAAGAAAAAGAAAAAGAAAAAGAAACAAAAGAAGAAAAGGGAUUCUGAUAUGGAAGUUGCUGGGUCCAAUGCGACUGAUGUUGAGGAAAGCUCCCUGAAAAAGAAGAAAAAGGAUUCUGAUAUGGAAGUUGCCGGCAAUGCGUCCAAUGCGACUGAUGAAGAGGAAAUCUCCCUGAAAAAGAAGAAGAAACAAAAGAAGAAAAAGAAUUCUGAUAUGGAAGUUGCCGGUUCCAAUGCGACUGAUGUUGAAGGAAGCUCCCUGAAAAAGAAGAAGAAACGAAAGAAGAAAAAGAUUUCUGAUAUGGAAGUUGCCAGGUCCAAUGCAACUGAUGUAGAGGAAAGCUCCCUGACCACUGCACAACAAAGCGAUUUGUUAACUACAGAAAAUACCGGUUCAUUGGAAGUUGAUCAUGUUUUACUUGGUGAUAAAGGCUGCUCAGGAAAUAGUUGUCCAGGUGACGUAACUACAACUAGCGUAGAAACAAUAUCUUUAGGGGUACAUGGUGUCUCCACACUAGCCAUUGAAGAUAUUAUGCCUGAAAAGGACUCUGCAAAUUCUGCUGGUGUGUUACCUCCAGAUGAGAAAAAAAAGAGAAAGAGAAAGAAAAAGAAGAAGACGGGUUUAAAGGAUAGAAUUUGUGGACACAACAAUAUGAAUGUCUCUGAAGUACACAUGGAAAAGAAAAAUGGUGUAGAGGUGGAUGAGGUCCAUACAAGAGUUGAUGCCUCUAACAUUGAGGAAGAUUCUAGUUGCAGGGGUAAUGGUUCUGAUAAUUUGUCUGCAGGUGAUCCUUCGUGCAAGGCCUUAGAAGUUGAUAACAUCCUGCUGAAACAAGGUCCCUCGCCAGAUUUGGAUGUUUUAAAUGAUGAUAUUAAUAUAGAAAAAGGUCCUUUACAAGGUUUGGAUGCUUUAAAUGAUGAUGUCAAUUUAGAAAAAGCUCCUUCACCUGAUUUCGAUGCAUUAAAUGAUGAUGUUAAUUUAGACACCUCUGUGAAAGAUGGAGAGCUUUCACAGAUUGACGUUUCACCAGAAAGAGCUCUGGUUUCCCAUGCUAGGAAAAAGCUUCUGAUCCUGGACGUGAAUGGACUUCUUGUUGAUUUUGUUGCAUGUAUGCCUAAUAAAUACAAACCGGACAUAGUAAUUUCAAAAAAAGCAGUUUUUAAGAGGCCUUAUUGUGAUGAGUUUCUACAGUUUUGCUUUGACAAAUUCAAUGUGGGUGUUUGGUCAUCAAGAACCAAGAAAAAUAUUGACACGGUGGUAAAUUUUCUCAUGCCAGUUUCCAAACAUAAAUUGCUCUUUUGCUGGGACCAGUCCCACUGUACUAUGACAGGGUUCAAUACAAUUGAGAAUAGAAGUAAGCCUCUAGUAUUGAAGGAACUUAAAAAAUUAUGGGAAAAACUUGAUCCUGAUCUCCCAUGGGAAAGGGGAGACUAUGAUCAAACAAACACGUUGUUGUUGGAUGAUUCACCCUAUAAGGCUUUACGUAAUCCGGUCAAUACUGCAAUUUUCCCCUAUUCGUAUGACUAUAGGGACUUCGAAGAUACAUCACUAGGACCUGGAGGUGAUCUUCGAGUGUAUCUGGAAAAGUUAGCUAUGGCUGAAAAUGUUCAAAAAUACGUGGAGCAGAAUCCUUUUGGUCAAAAAGCCAUUACUAAAUCAAACCCAAGAUGGAAUUUUUAUUGUAAGAUUCUUGAACCACCAAGAUAGCCUUCUAUGGGGAUGCCAUAUGUUAUCUGAUACUUAUGAACAUGAGAGAAUCAUGGGAAAAUGAUCCUAUCCAGUUGAAUUUUAAGGCAGCUUUGUUUGAUGAAACUGAUACACUUUACAACUUGAUUAGAACUCACCUUGAUGCAAGGUCCAAUUUUUGCACCUUGGACCUUUGAAUUUUUUGUAUUCUUGCUUGCCACUUUAGUUAUAAAUUCUAAUGUUAUAGAGUAAAAGUCAUUGUUUUAACCAAUUGAUCCGAAGUUAUAAGUACUGAGCAUGCAAUCGCAUGAACUCUGUGUACUCAUAAUGGAAUAUCUGAGAGAAUGCAAUUUUUAUUUUAGUAAA